GGAGUCUUCGUAGUGACGGGCCGGCGGUCUGUCGCAGACUCAGCUGACAGACUCUCUCUCAUACUUUCUUUUCUCCAGAAAGAAGUCCAGAUCGGGAUCAGCGGCGACCAUGACCAUAUAUCAGGUGAAGCAUUCGAUCCACAUCGCCCACCUCGGAAAGGCGUGCCGAUAUUUCAGUUGAACAUUACGAGUUGCACCACUGUGUUGUUCGUGAGACGAUUACGUGAGUUCCGCGUACGAAGCUAUUGCGGACGGACGGUUUUAUAUUUCUGUUUAUUCUUGUUAACUCGCGCAAAUCGAUGGCCAUCGAGUUACGGCGACGUUACGUCUCCACGGAAUAUUGAAUUUGUCCUGAUAACGCGUUUGUUGAGCGAUUUCUUCGUUGCGAGAACGGACAGCAACCUCGGACGGACAGUCGGCUGAAGUCGGGAUCGAAUGUGAUCUAGUCUAGUUGGUCAAGGGGCUUAUAAAUCUGAAUGGAUACGUCGUCGCUUCUAAAAACCUGUGGCUUACCUGCAUUAUGGCUUCUGCUCCUGUUAUCGCCUGCCGUUUUUGCCUCCUACAGUAUUGGCGUCGGGAUAGCCGACAGUACAGGACCGACCGCAGAGAUUGCCUUUAUGGGAUACGCGAAAUUGGAUCAGAAGGGUAGCGGUCUUCAUCUACGGACAUACGCCAGAGCUUUUAUAAUUGAUGAUGGUACGGAAAGAUUCGUGUUUGUCAGCGUUGAUUGUGGAAUGAUAGGAAAUGACAUUCGGCAAGAGGUACUGCGCAAAUUACGGGGCCAAUUUGGCGACACGUACACAGAGAAGAAUGUGAUGAUUAGCGGCACGCACACUCACUCCAGUCCCGGUGGUUUUAUGCUCGAUAUGCUUUUUGACUUGACCGCAUUCGGUUUUAUGAGGGAAACAUUCAAUGCCAUUGUCCAUGGCAUAACAAAAAGCAUCGAACGUGCUCACGAAGCCGUUGUGCCUGGAAGAAUCUUCAUUGCUCAUGGUCAAGUUUUAGGCGUCAAUAUUAACAGGAGUCCGCAGGCAUAUCUUAAUAAUCCGAAAUCAGAAAGAGAUAAAUAUGAGCAUGACGUGGACAAAGCACUGACACAAAUACAAUUCAUCGGUGCUGACGACAAGCCUCUGGGUGUUAUAAAUUGGUUCGCUGUGCAUCCAACUAGCAUGAACAAUACCAAUCACUUAGUCUCCAGUGACAACGUGGGUUAUGCCUCGAUCCUAUUUGAGAAAAUGAUGAAUAAUAACGCUACAAUCGGCAAGGGUCCCUUUGUAGCAGCCUUUGCAUCGAGCAAUCUCGGUGACGUUUCACCAAAUACACGUGGUCCAAAGUGCGAAUUCUCUGGACAAAACUGCUCCGAUCAAUACACAUGUCCCGGAAAGAAUGAGAUGUGCUUCGCUUCCGGUCCUGGCAAAGAUAUGUUCGACAGCACCAGUAUUAUUGCCCACAAGCUUUAUCAGGAGUCUGCGAAAUUAUGGCAAAACGGCGAAACGACGGAGAUCGUUGGACCGGUGCGAGUAGUUCACCGAUACGUCAACAUGCCAGAGCAAAGCGCAGAAUUCUACAACGAGACCACAGGUCAUGUGGAAGAGGUUCACGGUUGCGUGCCAGCAAUGGGCUAUAGCUUCGCAGCCGGCACCACCGACGGACCCGGUUCCUUCGCUUUCGAACAGGGCACAACCACGUCGAAUCCUCUUUGGAAUGCCGUGCGCAACUUGGUGGCCAAGCCGACGGCUGAAGAUAUUCGUUGCCAGGGUGCGAAGCCUAUUCUGUUGGCCACCGGUCGGAUCAAACUUCCUUACCAAUGGCAGCCAAAGAUCGUUUCGACCCAAGUCGCCGUAAUCGGGAAUGUUGUUGUCGCCGGUGUGCCCGGUGAAUUCACGACAAUGUCCGGAAGAAGAUUGCGAGAAGCCAUCAAGAAAGUCAUGAACGAUACGCUCAACAGCGAAACCUCCGUAAUAGUCGCGGGACUCUGCAAUACUUACAGUGAUUACAUAACUACGCCCGAGGAAUAUCAGAUACAGAGGUACGAGGGCGCAUCGACGAUAUACGGCCCGCACACACUUACAAUCUAUUUGAAGCAGUAUCAAGAGUUGAUGCAAGCGGCCGUUCAAAGAAAGGAGCUGCUACCAGGGCCACAACCACCGGAGCUUUUACAUAGCAAUCUGAUUAGUCUUGUACCGCCUGUGCUGUACGACACCCCGAAAUGGGGGCGCAACUUUGGCGAUAUCAUCCAACAGUCGCGACAAGUCGUGUGGCCCGGUGAGACGAUUACGGCGACCUUUGUCGCCGGCCACCCCCGAAACAAUCUCAUGACGGACAAUACGUUUUUGACCGUGGAGCGAUUAGGAGACGACGAAGUUUGGAUACCGAUUGCCACGGACGCCGAUUGGGAGACUAAAUUUCAAUGGACGAGAACUUCCGUAAUAUUGGGAUCCAGUGAGGUGACCAUUACGUGGGAAAUACCGCAGGACAUUACUCCGGGCGAAUAUCGCAUCAGACAUAAUGGUUAUUAUCGCUACAUCCUCGGUGGCGUAUAUCCCUACUACGGUACCAGCGAUCCUUUCAGAGUGGAAGUUCCUAUACACAAUAUCCGUAGGCAUCGUUACUAUGGAUAACCAGCUGGUGCCGCGCUUUCUUAGUCGACAAGGAAAUCAUUACGCUUAACCGACGCUCCACGGUAUAAUCGAUGAGAAAUACAUAAGUGUUCCAUAUAUCCUAUUCCAUCAAACAGCGGAAAGAAACAUUCAACGCGUAAACAUGAAAUAAUCCUGCUCCAUCUUUUCGCGCUUAUGUACAGGGUGUUGCAUUCAUAUACACGUCAGUACGACGGGUUGCAUAUGCCUUUCGCUGACAGACCCACGAAUGAACAUUCCGCCAAGGCGAAUUGAGAUCGCGUACGUCGUACUUGUAUGUAAGUGCAACACCCUAUACCGUACAGCAUCUAUGGUAAUGCGCAAUAGCGUGUGUGCUCUUUUUCUCCUCAAAUCAAUAUAUUCCUCCGAAUCUAAUGACGUCACGUGACACUAUCGAAAUUGUAGGUGCAAUGUACUUUUUCAAAUAACGUACAACUUGCUCUAAGCUGAAAUAUAAAAUUUGUUUCAAAACUUGGUUCAGAGAGUAUCGCUGUCGUCAAAGUGCUGACUUUGUUUGGAAAAUGGUUUAUACACAAUAAAGUUGAGAACUCGCCAAGCUAUCAAAAUUGAGAAUCAUUGCUCUGUGUAAUAGUCAGUAAUUAUAGUGCUAAUUAUUAUUAGUAAUAGUAAUUAUCGUCAUUUAUUAUCGUUUAUUAUUCUUAAUAUAUAUUCUUUGUUAUAUUAUUAACGCGUAAGAGAAUUCGAAUGAUUCUUAAUUUUGACAGUUUAGUGAGCUCCCAACUUCAUUGUGUAUAAAUCGUUUUGUUAGCCACUGUUCAUAUAUACCUAGCUACAUGCAACUCAGUCGAUUAAGUGUAGCAACAUUUCUCCGUGAUAAAUCCGUGUAACAUCUAUCCCAACAUAUUCUACAGGAAAAUAUAUCUCCUGAGAAUUACUAAAAAAGAAAACAUUCUCCUAUUGGUUACGCACGAGAAAGUAUUGCAACCUUUCAAUCAGCUGACUAUACACUCAGUUGCAUUGAUGUUAUACUAUUCACCACAUCAAUAAUCACUAGAAAGUUUUAACCAGCCGUGUCCGUUUCUAGCUGAUUGUUUUUCAUGACUGUUUGACAGCUUGACGUUUCAUACAUACAUAUUUUUAUCAAAAGAUUAUCCGCUCAUGUGUGAGAGUACAACUUCAAGCCGUUAAUCACGGCAUAUAUCAAUACGAUCCUCUUGAAUCGUGUUUUGUUCUAUUUGAUCGUACAUCGUGCACUAGUUUUAUCAUGUUUUAUCUUUUUAAUCUUUUGUAAAUAAUAAAAAUAAAUAAUAAUGCGAA